CGCUGAGCGCUGCAGAUGUGUCGCAGAUUUAAAAAGUCUCUGUGCUCAUCUAGUACAAGGAAAUGGAGCAGUGCAAAACAUUAAAUACUGAAUUGUAAACAAGGCAGCGGAAGAGCGGGAACUUGUGCAGCCAUUCUAACAGUGCAUGGGAUUUGCAUUUUAAUAGUUACUUUAACGACAAGAAGGAAACGCACAAAGAUACAUUGACAGCUACUUUAUUAUUUUAGCUUAACUUAACUGAUGGAACUGUCCGCAAUUGGUGAGCAAGUGUUCGCUGUGGAGUCGAUCAUAAAGAAAAGAGUUAGAAAGGGUCAUGUCGAGUAUUUAUUGAAGUGGAAGGGGUGGCCUCCCAAGUACAGCACAUGGGAGCCAGAGGAGCACAUUCUAGACCCUCGACUGGUUUUAACGUAUGAGGAAAAAGAAGAGAGAGAAAGGUCAGUGAGGUGGCGUAAAAGAGGCCCAAAACCGAAAAGACUCUUCAUGCAGAGGAGCAUUUACGCAAUGGAUCUGCGCAGCGCACACAAAGAUACAGAGAAGUCUUCAGCACAUCUGCCGCUCUCACUUGACCCAAGGUUCCAGUCCACAGGGGCUUGUAUAUAUCAACGAUUAACCCACCACAAGAAAAAGAAGAAAACAUCCAGAGAGACUUCUGAGGAAGAAUGGGAUAGAAGAGAAGAAGAAGAUGAUGAUGAGGGGGUUAUGGAGGAGGAGGAGGAAGAAGAAGAGGACACAAGACGAGGAGAAACUAAAACUGGCAGCAACACUUUAAACAAGCAUGUCAGGAGAGGACACUGGAGUCCAACCACUGAAUCAGAGGCAAUGACUAUAUCUCCUUUACCUGAAGACUGGAGUCCAGUUAUGGGCCCAGAGGAGGUCAUUGUGACAGAUAUCACCAUCAACUCACUGACUGUGACUUUUAGAGAGGCCUUGGUAGCAAGGGGGUUCUUCAGGAGCUGGGAGAUGGAGAUCUAACAUUACAGAGACUGAGGGGGGUCAGAACGAGAAUUGGUACAUCCCUUGUUUUGCAUUGUUGAUUAUGUGCUUGCACAACUUCCGCCAGUGUUUCAGACUACAUUUAUUUGCACUAUUAGUUCUAAAUUAGUUCAAACUUCAGCGAUUACAAUCAAUCAAAGUAACAGUCCAUUUAAUGACAGUACCGAUAGUAUGAUGCAAUUGUAAACUUGUAUUGACCAUGAAACAAAUCAAGCCAGUUCUCUGAUACUGGAUUGCAGUGAAGUUUACAGAUUUAACUAAAUGGGAUAAACUUCAUUUGGUCUAGUCAUGUAUUUGCAUGAAAUACAUAAUGGUAGUUCAGAGUAAGUCGCACAAUUAAGUAUUCCUAAAAGCAAAGUUGUCACAUACAUAUUCACAUUACGUGGAUGUAUGUGUAUAUAUAUAUAUAUAUAUAUAUAUACUGUAUACUUGGUAAACAUAUUCUAAUCUUGACCUUCAGUUUAAAUUGCACACCACCUCAUGCAGUAAAUUAGAAUUAGUGGCCUCCUGAUACUUAAAGUAUGUGAAAUACAAAAUACAGCGUUUCAACACCGUGUGCCGUCCUUGACACUUCAUAAACAAAAUAUUAUGGUGUGGAAAAAAAAAACUGCACUCCUCAUCAUCGCACAAUUAUGCUCUAACUUUGAGCGUAAUUAUGUGCAUGAAAUAAAGUUGCAUUUUAUUUUUUCCCAACACUUGCUUGCUAAUAUCUCAUCUAUUUGCAGUGUUUGUGCAAUUUUUUUGUCCUGACAAGUAUGCGCCAUCUUGCACAGUAAUCUACCAUGUUAGAUUUAACUUGACUACUGUUUAUAUUUGGUGUUAUUUUAGUCCAAGAUGAAAACUGAGACCUGAAGACCAAAAAAAAAUAUUGAUGAUUUCUAUAUUGAGGCGAAUGUAUAUUUAGCCUCUAGGAAUGUCCAUCUCUGGGGGCUCAACUGUUUAAUAUCUGACAUCAUGUGACCUGUAUAUAUUUGAUAGACUAUGUCUGUGCCAAAUGUCUGUGGUUGCUUUUGCUAUUAAGAGUAUUUGCACUUUAAAAUAGAAAACUUGGUAUUAUGAUGCCAUAAAUAAAACCUUGGUGUAACUGUAUCAUUAUCCAUUACUUUUUUUUAUAUUUAAUCAGCAAUGUGUGGAUUAACUUUGUCUCAAACCACCUUAGGUUGACAUUGUUCCAGCUCCACAUCUACAAUGUAAGAAUUAUACCACACCAGAAGCCAAAUAUUUUUGAAUGGUACAAACAUAUUUUAAUGUACAAUUAAAUAAUUGGCAAAAAAUCUGACCACCAUAACUUAACUUAAAAAAACAAAAAAAAGAACAGACAACCAACCAAACAAACAGUAAAACGACUGAACUCAGAGCAACAGUUUUUGCUCCUCUCAGCAAGUACAAAACUAGGAACCGUAAAACUGUAUGGUUGGUUUUCCAGUCCGUUUAAAAAGAAAAAAAAAAGUAAUUUACAGUUCAAAGCAAAUUGCCAUGGUUUGUACAGUGAAUCAUAAUCUAUAUACCUCUAUAUGCACCCAUAAGACAUUUCCUUAAAAUGCCAUGAUAUUACUCAUUAUUCCCAAAGCGGGACGUAUAUGGUAUGACAGCAGUGUCAUGUGGCAUCAAUUCAUCUUUGAAAAAGUGUAAUUCAAUAUCAACUCUUGAAUCAGCUUCAAGUUGUUUAUUCGCAAAAAUAAAAUUAAAUAUCUA